ACCAGCACAGCAGUGCAUUGUUCGCGUCCGUCGGCCGUGGUACCGCGUCACUCGGUGUGCCGCGCGUGCGAUUCUGAUCAUGUCAAAAUCAUAAUAAAUACAAUAAUUCAAUCGAAAAGUUCAUAAAAUUAUUGUGACAUAAAUAGGUGCGAUACUAUUUGACACACGAGUGUGGCACGAAACGCGACGGCUAUGGUGUAGAGUGUGCGAUCCCUCGUGCCGUCCGUCGCGCGCGCUUGUCCGUAUCCGCGUGCACAGUGUUCGGUGCGCGCGCGCGCCCGCGUAUAUAAUAUGUAUAGCGAACGGUAAUAAGUCGCCGCUCGCGGGUCGAGAGAUUGCCGUCGGAGUCGUCGUUCGUUUCCUUGGUGUUCGUUUGAUAUUUCGUUGGUUUUCGAGUGCGUCGCUCGAACGGGGCGCCGGCCACCCCGCCGCCGCCGGUGGCCAAUCAAUGCGUGCCGCUAGUGCCGCCGCUGUUGCUGUCGUCGCCUCCUGUCGACGGCUGCAACACAAGAUUUGAAAAUUACAAUGUAAUCGUGUAAUACAUACGUGUAUUACAAGACAUUCAGUAUGUCAUCUAGAAAAGGCACAGAAACAUUUACCGGUGGUGAGAGUCAAAAAUCAUCAACUUUAUCUAAAACAAAACAAAAAAAGGCAUCUAACGCAAGUGACUCUCCACCAGGACCAAUCAAUUUGACAAAAAAAUCUAUUAAAAAACCCACUCUUUCUCAAAAAACUCUCAAAACUGAACAAAAAAAUGUUAAAACGGCAAAAGUCAUUAAAAAAAAUGAAAAAGAAACUGAAGACUUGGACGAGAAAAAAGAUUUGGUGAAAAAAUUUUCUAAACCAAAGCUAAAAGAAAAAUUAACUGCAAAACCCGUAAAAAAGCCAGCUGUUAAAAAAGGAAAAAAUUCUAAUUCUGCAGGGAACAGUGAAAAAUGUGACAAGUUGCUAAAGACUAAAAAACCUGUAAAAAAGUCUGAAGAUAAAGAAGAAAAGAAACCUAAAGAUAAAGUUCAGAAAGAUAAGAAGGUUAAAGAUGUGAAAAAGAAACCUAUUCCAAAACCCACAAAAAAGAUUGUAGAGGAAGUUGAUUCCACGAAAUCACGCGUGGAGAUUAAGCCAGAUAAAAAAGAUAAACCAAAAAAAGCUAAAGCUAUUGCUAAAAAUAAGGUAAAAAUAAACUCAGCCAAGAAGGUAGAUGACAAUCCCACCAUAGAAUGUAUGGACGUAGUAAAAGACGAAAACCCGGACGAUGUUGCUUUAUUGCAAGUUUUUCAAUUAAAAAAUGGCCCAGUUUGUGAUUUCGAUGGAAGUGUUUGUAAUACUAUUACGAUCAGACAAGAUAAUACUUGUAUAAAAAUUAAAGAAAUAUCAGUUAGCCAGUUGCCGUACUCCGUAAAAACUGAAGAAAAUGAAAAGAUGGACAUUGAGAAAGCACCUGUAAAAAAAGAAUCUAAAAGUAACACUGAAAAUCAAAAUACCGAAAAGCAAAAUUCCGAUCAACAUAAAACUGAAAAACUGAAAACUGAAAAACCAAAAAAUGAAAAACAAAAAUCUGAAAAAGAAAAAAAAGAAAAACAGAAAACAGAAAAAUCUGCAAUAAAACCGGUCAAAGUUGAGAAGAAAAAGAAACCAUUGGUGGUAGAUAAAAUCAAAUCAAAAGGAAAAACAAAAGUAGUUGCACCAAAGACCAAAGUUAAAGGUAGACCUGUUGCCAAGAGACCUAGAGUAGCGUCUCUCAACGCCAUAGCCAAAGUUCAUUGUUUAUACGAGAAUGAAAGUAAAAGUGCACUGAUUGACGCUAUGGCUGCCUCCGCAGCUGCUACAAUAAAUGCGGCUUCUAAAAAGAGUAAAAAAAAACCAGAUGUAGAAAUUCCGGCUAGAAAAGGAAAAAGAACGUCGAAAAGGACAACUCCGGGUUUAAAAAGUGUUGGAAGACAUUGGGAUAUGCAUGAUACAAGUUCAACUAACAGUUCUUCAUCAGGCUUAGAUGACGCAAAAUACGAACCACCAAAAUCAGCUAAACGUACGAAAAAGCAGCCAAAAGUUUCAGAACCAGAGAGCACCGAUGAAGAAGAAGAACCUGAAAAGUCUUCCAAAGAAGUCACUUCACCAACAGGUGGCUCCAAGCGAAAAAGACGUAACGCGGAUACUGUUACUAUGGACCUUAAAGACAUGGUUGUAAAAAAACGCAUGGCAAGUCUAAACGCAUCAGCCAUAUUAGCAGCCAGCUAUUCGACAGAGAAAAAAUCGCCUCCAAAAGGUCAAGAUUGUUCAAAAAAAUCUACCACUAGUUCUGAAAUAUCUUCUGAAAGAUCCGAGCCAGAAGAUGACGCGGAAGAUGAAGAUUCUGACGGGCAUAGAGCGUCUUCUGUCCGUACAGCUCUUCAGCCAACGCCUUUGCCACCCAUUGUACCUCCACCAACAUCCCAACUUGCUGUCAUCGUCAAUCAAGACACAGACGUUACAAUCACUACUGGUGUAUACGUCAAUAGUACUACUCGAUCUACAAGACAUGAGGAAUUUUGUACGAUAUCUGGGCUUCAGUACCGUAUAUCAAGUACUAGCCAUACGCAAACCGAAGCAACAGCUGUGGCUACGGAAACUCUGCUUCAUGCUGAUCACACGCUUACACAACAACCCACAUCGUCAGUACCGAUUCCGUCUCAGCAGCAGCAGCAGCCAGCGGCUCCGCGUCCAUCGUACGCGCCUCUGACCGCGCUGUCCAGCAUGCAGCCGCCCGGUUCGUCGGGCGCUGAUCACCAUCCGCCACCGCAGCAGCCGCUACCGCCGCCUCCACCGUCGCAUCACCGACGCCAUCACCACCAUCACCACCAUGGUACUCCGUACAGCAGCGCGUUUUCCGCGCCACCGCCGCCGACUCAGGCUAACGGUGCAUCGUCCGACACUUCAGAUAACAUCAGCGGCAAACACGAACAACCGGCGCCGCUACCGCCGCCACCGCCGCCGCCCUACGCCCAUGGGAAACAAUUCUAUGAACAUAAACGGUACUACCAACCGGCCGGGCCACUGAUCACACACCACCUGGUGCCGCAUCACGUGCACUUGCACCACCCAUCACACGUGAAACAGUCGCUGGCCCCACCUUUGGUGCCCACGCCGCCGUCGUCGGCCGGCACAGCCGCACCACCGCCCGCUGAGUCAUCCGACACCGAAGUGGUGCCGGUCAGAUCGACAUCGGUGCCGACACCGCCAGGUUACCGGUACCAACCGCAGGGCCCGUACCAUCCACCGCCGCUGCCGUCGUACUACCCGUCGCCGCCGGCAUCGGCCAGUCUCCAGUACCCGCCACCCCCACCACCUCAAGUGCCAGCCCACCACUACCUGCCGGAGCCACCCAACCCGUGCGCAUAUCCCGGUGGGCCUCAUCACCAGCCCGGCUACUUCCAUCACAGCCGUAGCUCUCCGUACCACCACAUACCGUUCCAUCACAGAAGGCCGCCUGCCGCGCCGCCUUACGCACAGGCCGGUGGACCGCCCACUUACUAUCACGAGUACUACGGGCCUCCGCCGCCCGGGCAGCCACCGGCACCAACCGGUUCGCCCGCGGGACAACAGCAGCAAAUGUUGGUGGCCAUAACCAGGCCCGGCGCCGACCGGCCGGACCAUCAUCCGGUAGCGCCGCCGCAGCAGCAGCAGCAUCAGCAAACGCAGCAACAGCAGCCGCCGACGCCGCAGCAGCACCAGCAACACCUGCAACACCAGCAACACCUGCAACACCUGCAGCAGCAGCACCACCACCAGCAACAGCAACAGCAGCAACAGUCCCUGCCGCCGCCGGACGCUUACCCCGCGCCGCAGCCGCUCUACUACUCGCCAUACGGUGCGCCGCCCGGGCCGUCGUGCUACUCGCCCGCCCCGCCCCGCACCUACGCCGUAGACCCAACGUACCAUUCGUGUCCGUGCCCAAUGCAAUCGUGUCCCAAUCCAAAAAACGGACAUACUGGCCCGCUUACUGGUGCAGUCAGUAAGGGGCCAAAACAUCAUUCGACAGUAGUUACACUUCCGCCUGUGGCAUUGGCACUGCCGCAGGAGCCUCCGCGGGCCCAUGGCCCGCCGAGCCCAGCCAGGGGCAGCGCCGGAGUGCCCGGACCACCUCGGUCCGCGAACUCGGGCAGCCCGUGCAAGCAAGUCCCGUGGUGUAUGAGCCCGCUGAGCCCAGCCCGCGCGUCUGUGCAACACCUGGCACCCCAGUCCCCAGCAAUGCUGGCCGCCAAGAACCCCACCUCCGAGUGGAACAACAUCGCCGCCGAAGAGAAGUGCGAUACGACCGGCCUGUUGGCCAUCGGCAAAGUCCUCAGUCAGUCCGUACUGGGCCUGGACCAGCCGAUGGACCACCACGAAGUCGUGGUGCCGAAAGUCGAACCUAUCGACGACGAGCAACAGCCACAAUCGUAUUACAUGCUCAAGGUGGACAUGGCCAGCGAAGAGGACGGCGAUUCUGCGUCGGCAGCCGACAAUGGCGGUGGUCUUCAUCAGACCAUCGACUUGUCGACCAAGUCGCGAGAACGCCUGGAAGUGACUACUACUGUAUACUGCAACACACCGGUCAACAACAACGACGCUAUCAACAAUAACAACACCAUCAGCAACAACAACAAUAACAACAACAGCUAUUAUAACAUAAAAGUAGACGGCGACAAAAUAGUAAUGAAGGGAUCCGCGAAGAGGAAGAAACCCAAUCCCAUGCAAAUCGUCUUGGCGAAAAAAUCGAAAAUCCAAGAAGAAGCCGAAGACGUGAGCGGAAACGGUGACGACGACGUGGUCCCUGUUGUCGUCCCCAAAAACGACGACGACGACUGUAAAGAAAACGUUGAAGAGAUGACUAUGACAACGACGACGACGACGACGAUGACUGUGACGACUGCGAAUGUGACUACACCACCGACAUUGACCGAAGACGAACCGGUGCAGCUGAUUACCGCUGUCAACCGGAAAAACAGCAUCAAAUCGAUGGAGGUCAAGUCCGAACAAGAGAAAUUGGACGAGUGCAUGACCGAAGAAAUAUUGCGGUCGGUGUUGACAGACGAGAGCGACGGCGACGACAUGAUCACCGAGGCUUUUGUCAAGAAAAAAGGCGUGUCGAAGAAAACCAAAAAAGGCAGAAAAGACAGGAAGAAUGGAGGGAACAAGAAAGAAAUGACCGACGCUAUGAAGAGGGAACUGGAACAGAGGAUGCGUGAAGAGUUCGCGCAGCUGUCCCGACUCAAGAACCAAGACCUGGCGCCCAGGUGGUCCAACGGUUGGAUAUGGCAGGGAAAACCGUUCAAACGUCCAGUUUACCUGGAGAACGACGAUACGCCAGUGUUGAGGAAGUGUUACCCGUGCAUGCGUCACAUGCAAGGCGACACUAUAUACGCAAGGGACUGCGUGCUUCUAAAGUCGGGUUCUCGGAAAAACGACUUGCCGUUCAUCGCCAAAAUCGCCAACUUGUGGGAAGACCCCGUCAACGGAGAAAUGAUGAUGUCGCUGUUGUGGUACUACAGGCCGGAACACACGAAACAGGGACGGUUGAAGGAAGACAUGCCCGACGAGCUGUUCGCGUCCAAACACAGAGACGUCAACAGCGUGGCCUGCAUCGACGACCGGUGUUACGUGUUGACGUUCAACGAGUAUUGCAGGCACCGGAAGCACAUGAAGUCGGUACAAGAGAACUUGGUGCUGUGCAAGGCGGUGGUGCCGCCGUUGCGCGAGGCCAACCCGAGGGCCAGACAGCUGCCCGGCGACGGCGCGCCGACCGAUCUGAUAUUCUUCUGCCGCCGCGUGUACGAUUGCCGGCAGAAACGGUUGCUGAAGAAGCCGUCGCUCUGACCAAGACGCUUCCGCUGCCGCCGCCGCCGCACCAUCGUCCUCUUCGUCGUGCACCAUCGCCGACGCCGCCUAAGGUUUCCCACACCACCGUCGUCGCGUCUAUAUUAUUUAUUAUUAUGAUUAUUUUACUAUUAUUACGUAACGUUUCGAUUGUAUUCGCUCUUUUCUUAAAUUAUUAUUAUUUUAUUAUUGUCGAACGUUGCAAAACGUUAAUAUUAUUAUGUGAAAUACCUGUACGACCAAUGUAUGGGCAAAAAAAAAAAAAUGUUUUUAAACUUAAAUUUUUUACCGUUUCGUGUCUUUGCGGGGCCCGAAAUAAACCCCUUCGGACGGGAUCGUCGGCCCCCGAGACUGAAAACGGAUAGCUAUAUUAUAAUAAUAUUGUGUACAUACUAUUAUUAGCGCGCACCCUCAACACUGCUGUGGUGAUCGGGAGAGGUAUUAUUUUUAUUUUUGGAAGACAAAUUAUUUCAAAACCGAUAACGUUUUCGACCAGCGGGGAGGGCGGUUCUAGACGACGAUAAACGAGACACAAACAUCAGUGUCGUUCGUAUAAUGGAUGAAAUUUUUUUUUUUUUUGCGUAUUACUAUGCAGUUUUUUUUACUCGUAUUAAAUCAUAGAUGAAAUGACAACGUACCUAAUUUUACAUUGAUAAACAUUUUUUUCGUACCUAAAUUUUGUUUUACUUUUCGGAACCAAAUCGUGUUUUCGAUAUAAGAAAUAUUGCACAAUUACACACACUCGUUCGUCGUCUGCGCGCGCUACAUAAUUAUUAUGUAUAAUAAUAUUAUAUUUGUGUAUAAUUAUAAUAUAAUAUAAUGGCCUCACGCUCCGCUCUACCACCUACCUCUUCUUUAAUUCUCAUCGAGUCUUAUUAUUUGUAUUUUUACGGAAAUUAGUUGAUUUUAUUUUUUAUUAUAAUAUUAUUAUUAUUAGCAUUACUACUACGCAUAUAAUAAAAUAUUACUAUGAUUUUUCGUACCAUGUGCGCAUUAUAUACACAUUGUAAUUUAUACAAAAUAUUAUAUAAUAUACCGAUGAUGAUGAUGGGCACAUUUCGGUUACUUGCUUGCCGAGCGUUUUAUACCGUGGUCCUCUCGCGUGGUAAUUGAAUCGAUACAAAACCCCCGCCGAACAACGCACCCCCUCACCACCAUACAGUCUUCUUCGCUCUAUUUUUUUUCUCUGUAGUCCUAUGUAUAGAUGACGCCUGUUCACUUUAUCUGUUUCACUAUAUUAUCAUAAUAUAUCUUUCCAAUAAUAUUCUUCAAAUCAUACACUUGCACAUAAUAUUAUAUCGAAUUUAACCAUUCAUCGGCGAACAGAUGACAACGAUACAAAUAUAUGAUAUUAUGAUAAAAAGAAUAUCAUAUCCUCCCUGACCUCGCGUUGUACUUCGCUAUUGUUUCCACAUAUCCACUAAUUAAUAUAAGAAUUAUUAUCGUUUGCCGGUGGUACGACUGAUAGGGGUAGGUGUAACUACCAACUCGUCGACUUCGAGCCACGCUUUCCGUUCACCUCACCCGCCGCCCAUCAAACCCACUCGCACCUAAGUAACGACUCGACGACGAAAUACAUAUUAUACAACAACUUUUGUGUAUCGAUACAUUGAAAGGCCCGGUCGGCGGUAUAUUUAUAUACAUAUUUUGUUUUUUACUUCAACGCUUUUUUUAUUUAUUUAUUUUUUCUUUUUAGUUUAGUCGCAUAAUUUCAAAGUUUUUGCUUUAUACAAAUGUGUUGUUAUAGAUUACAAAAAAAAAUUUUUUUUUAAUAUUACAUAUUAUAUUUAAAUAAUAUUAUUAUUAUAUUAUAUUAUUGAUUCCUAAUAACCAAGUAUAAUAUGAUAAAUGUUAGAAAAAAAACGACAAACGAUUAAAGAAUUUGAUUAAGUGAUUAAAAUUUAAUAAAAUGAUAUUUAAAAAAAAAAAAUUUUAAAUAUAUAUAUAUAAACACUAUAUAUGGGUAUAAAAUAUUUUAUUUUUAGAUAUUUAUGAUGUGUAAAUGGACCAAUUUUUCGUGUAUAAACUUUUUUUCAUCGUUCACAUAGUUCCGGACGGACGCAUGUAGCUUAAAUAUUAUAUUUAUUAGAUAAAAGGUCAUUUAGUUCACAAUAAAUUCAUGUAGUUAUGAUUUUUUUUUUUCCGGAGUGUAAUAUUUUGUGUUAUUAUAUCAUUAAUAAUAAUAGCAAUUCAGUUAUAUUAUAAACACACACGCGUACAUAUUAUUAUACAAAAAUAUAUUAUGUGUACUUAGAAUGUUAUCAAUUGACAUCCCUAUAUAUAAUAUUGUUUGGAUUAAGUCACAUUUAUUAUAUUGUAUAAUUUUGACAUUCAUUGAAAGUAUAAUAUAACACUGAUAUUGUAAGAAA